CCCCUACUAAUUAUGCCGUUUAUGUCGAAUGGAUGUGUUUUGGAGUUUGUUAAACACCACAAAGACGAAUUGCUCUGUAUUAAUGCAACAGCACCACAGGUUAUAUCAGCCAAAAAGACUCUUUUGAACAUAUGUCACCAAAUUUCAAAGGGUAUGGAGUAUCUCGCAAUGCAGAAGUUUGUUCAUCGCGAUUUGGCAGCAAGAAACUGCAUGAUUGACCGUAAUGGAGAGAUAAAAGUUGCAGAUUUUGGACUAACUGAGGACAUGUAUGGCACCAACUACUUCCGUCGAAGAAAGAGUGUGACAGGGAGUGAGGAGAAGGUGCCCUUGAGGUGGAUGGCUGCUGAGAGCAUCGAGAAAGACAUCUACACUGAGGCCACUGAUGUGUGGUCAUUUGGAGUGACAGUGUGGGAGAUCUUUACUUGUGGGAGGAUCCCAUACACUGGUAUUCCAGCCAUGGGUCUCCUGAAGGAACUGCAGAGAGGACAGAGACUGGAGAGACCUGACAAUGAGGCCUGUCUGGAUGAAGUGUAAGGAGCCUCACGUUUGGACCAGUGCUUUAGUCUCCUCUUUAUCUCUCAACAGAUAUGAGAUCAUGAUGAGCUGCUGGUCACUGGACUCCCAUGCUCGUCCACACUUCAAGGAUUUGGUGGGCAGGUUCAGUGGUCUUCUGGAGAGGGAGUCAGACUACCUGGAGUUGGCUCAGUCUCUCUGCUGGAAGGAGACUGUCUCUCACAUCCCACCCUCUUCUCCACUUUCUGCUGCUCUUCCUGUCACCCAGGAACAGGGAACUGCUGAGGAUAAGGCUGAAGAAGAUGAAGUAUGAAACAAUCGCCACUCUGGGACAUGUAAAAAUCACCAGUACACCUAUCUAACUCUGAUACUUGUUUAGCUCUGUCAUUCAUAACCCUGUCCCUAGAUCUUUUGUAUCUUUGAAGAAUGCAUUGGUGAAUAUACGAGGUACUAUUAUAGCUUGUAUGCCACAACAGUACACAACUUUGUGGACACUACUAGUGUGUAAGCAUGGUAUAUACAGCUGAUGAUCUCCUGUCCUGAUGUGGCAUCCCUACAGCCACUUCAGAGAUUCGAUUAGUUUCCCAUCUCUGACAACUGCACAA